AGCUGAAGCUGAUCUUGUUUCAGAUUUUCCAUUUCUAUUUUUUCUUUUGAGGGUGGGGGAGGGGGUAUUUGUUUGGACCUAAUUUGAUCUGAGUUCCCAAUGUUGUUUUUCAUAAGAGAUUUUGGUUGAAAACUACCAAUAUAACAACUCAAAAGCCAUGCAAAAAUCUUACAAACACUUACAUGAGCAUAAUUAACACUGAUGAACAACAUCUUAGUGUGCUUGGUGACCUUGUGCUGUGAACGCUUUCUUACUUUUUUGUGGGGUGGUUCAACCUGGACCCUAAAACCGUAUAGGCUUAGUGCAUAGCUGAGGUAACUACAAGUACAAGUGGAACUUUAAGCGUGUUUAUCAGUCCUUCACAUGACUAUAUACUAUGAAAACUGAUUUGAAGAUGAUCUAGUUGCCUGUAAUGCUUGAGCUACGGAUGCGGAGCUGUCACUUCUGUUCGUUGGCUAACUCACCGGUACUUUCAGGAGAUGGACACUUCAAGUGGAACCACGGAAAGCAAAGAAAAUUCAGUUGUUUCCUUACAAACUUGCCCUUUCGCAAGCCGUUCACUGGAAGAAAGACGGAGGAUAAAGGAGCUUGGGCCUGACAGACCAGAUUUACAUAUCCAGCAGCAGUCCAAUAACCGAAGCCGAACCUACACCCGCAGCUUCUCCCGCUCUUUUUAUGACAAGCGGGGUUGGCUAGCUGGAUGUGGUGUCAGGAAUGCCUUUUAUUGCUUUCCCUGUUUGCUUUUUCAAAGUCCUGGCACCGAAGGGGUUUGGACAAAGACGGGGGUACAAGACUUGAAACAUCUUGCAGAUAAGUGCAGACGGCAUGAAAGUAACAGAAGCCACCUUGACAACAGUAUGAAGCUUUAUUUUUUGGGCAAGCCUAGCCUUGCUGAACAGCUAGAGGAAGGUUACAGGAUUGGUUUCAGAAGACACAAUGAAGAUGUGAUCAAAAACAGACACAUCCUGUCCAGAAUAAUAGACAGUGUGAAAUGUAGUGGUGCCUUUGAUUUGGCUUUGCGUGGACAUGAUGAGUGUGAGAGCUUGAAUAAUACCGGGAUAUUCCGUGGAUCAGUGGAUUUUGAUGCUUCCCUUGAUGGAGUGUUUAAGGAGCACCUUGAGAACACUGUAUUUAAGGGAACUGCAAAAACUGUGCAGAACGAGUUACUGGACUGUAUGUUGUCUGUUGUGAAGGAACACAUCAUCAAAGAAGCCCAGAACAGUGCUUUCUUAUCAAUCCAGGUAGAUGAGAUAUUGGAUUCUGCCACACAGUCCCAGAUUGCGCUUGUGCUGCGCUACAUUGAUGACAAGAACAGCGUGCAGGAAAGGUUUUUUGAGUUCCUUCCUCUGCAGUCCGCUACCCCCGAGUCGGUUGUUUGGGCACUAAAGGAGCGUCUUGCUGCCAUACUUCCUGGUGAUGAGAAAAAAAAGCUAAUCUGCCAGGCAUAUGAUGGAGCCAGCGGUAGGAAAGGUACCACUGCAGGUGUUCAGAAAAAAAUACAAGAUGAGUACCCAAAUGCCCACUACAUUCAUUGCUAUGCUCAUCAGCUCAGUGUGGUCAUGCAACAGGCAACCUCUCACAUAUCCAAAGUGAGAAUUUUUUUUUCUGACCUUGGUGGUUUUGCUAGCUUUUUUUCCUGGUCACCCAAGCGGACAGGUGUUCUUGAUAAGGUAGUAGCCCAUAGAUGGCCUAAAUCCUCUUUUGUCAAAUUGAACUUUGCCAGCCGUACCAUCAACACUGUGUUUGAGUACAGAGAGGAACUCAUUCAGUGUUUUGAGAGCAUACGAGACUCGGGUGACUUUGACCCCACUACAGUCCGAGAAGCAGGAGCCCUCGCUAUGCUACUGGAGGAUCAGGAGUUUAAGUUCUAUCUGGAGCUUUUUUACCACAUCAUGCCAUGUGUAGAUAACCUCUAUGCCAAGCUCCAGAAAAAGAACCUAGAUUCAGUCCAAAUCAACAAGAGCAUGGAGCGGUUCCAACUGGAAAUACAAAAAAACAGAAAUUCUCUCCAUUCCAUGGUUGAGCUAAUCAGGGUAGCUGACUCUCCGCCAACAAAGAGGCGUCGGAGACUUACUCCAAAGGGGUGUGAAGACAUUGCAGCCGAGGUGUAUGAUGCCAUAAUGAGACACACUAAAGAACGCUUCCACUUCACGGCCCACCUAGUCAGUUCCAGCUUGCUGCAGGCGGACAAGUUUCCAUUCUAUAAGACAACAUUUCCUGAAGAUGCACUUAACAGCACCUUGAGGGCCUACCCAAUGCUUAAUGGAAACAAGCUGAAGGCAGAGCUUAGUGUCAUCUACAGCAAGGAAGAGUUCAUAGCCUGUUGUGGUGCUGUAGACCUCUUCCAGCUGUUUAUGGAAAAUUUUCUUGAAGAAGUAUUUUCGGAGACCGUCACUCUCCUAAAGAUCCUCAUCACCAUGCCCAUGACCACUCCAGAACCUGAGCGAUGCUUCUUGAAGUCGAAAAGAAUUCAGACGUUUCUCAGAAACACCACGACCCAGGAGAGACUGAAUGCCUUAGCCAUGCUCUCAGUGGAGAAUAGACUGGUGACUGAGAUGAUUGACUUCAACCAGAAAGUCAUUGAGAAAUUUGCUGCCCAGAAUGAAAGGAAGGCACAGUUCAUGUUCAGCUAGUGCUGGUGGCAGCUGCCACGGCAACAUCACAGGGUGCUCAUCAUCACUGAGGUGCUGCUUCAGUUUGUUUGCUUGUUCCAAAACUGCCCUCCUCACCAAACCAAAGUUGCCAGCCACCACUGGUUAUAAAGUGGUUAUACUGUUGAUGUUAUGACAUUUUCUGGGGCUUUUUUUAUGCCUUUAAUGUGACCGGACAGUGGAGAAUGA